AUGUUAACCGGCCUGAAAGAAAUGCCUACAGCUAUGCUGACAAGUCCAAUGGAAAUACAAACCACCACUGACAGGUCUCAAUUGUCAAUCAAUCCACAAGUGACUUGUACCAAUUUAUUCUCCUCCAUCAUCAGUAUACAAAUAAAGCUAACACAAGGAGUGUGUAAAUCAGCAGAAAGUCAUAGUGAGGCAAUACAAUACUUUGAUGAUACUGAAAUCAAAUCGAAGAGUGAACAACAAUCAGCACUACUUUUACCGAAAUCUAUUGACAACACUACCACUACUACGACGACGACUACUGCGACUACUGCUAGUGCUAAUACGACUACCAAUCAGCUUCUUAGUGACAUGCAUUUCAAUCAAGCUGUUCGAGAGCAUAUCGAUUUAAUGACUAGAAUGUCUGACCAGGAAAGACAAGCAUUGGUUAGUGAGACUAAGAAAAGAAUGUUGAAAGAUGCCAGCCUAUUGUCAGAUGAUGAUGAGAGAAUUAAGCUGACUGCAGUCGUGCAAGCUAUUCAAUGGAUAGCUGAUAUGACAGAUGAUCAACGCCAACAAAUCCUCGCAUGCAAUCAUACAGCAGAUACUAGAAGUGAUACACCACCACCAUUCAGUGAGAAGGUGGCAACAGAAAAUCAAGUAUUCUUACCGUCGUCGUCCUUGUCUGUAGACAUCGCGGAUAAACAUCAUUCGCAUAUGAAUACUCCACACGAGUUACAAUGGAGUACUGUUGAGGCGAAUUAUACACAAUCGAUAGAAACUACUAGUCAAGUUGAUUCUAGGCAUACAUACGAUCUGGUACAACGUGACGCUACUCCUACUACUCCUACUACGAAUACUCCUACUAACACUACGACGACUGCAAUGAAAGAUCAACAUUCAAGUAGAACUGUCGAGAGGAAGAAGGAAGUUAUCGAACAAACUGCCCAUCUACUACCUGAUACUACUACUACUACUACUGCUAAACAAAUGUAUAGUAGUGAUAUAUCAAAGAGAAGACUACCUCAACUGCCCUUGUCAUCAUCAGUAUCACCAUCAGAAGUAAACCAGAAGCAGUCGAGUAAAUAUCCAAUUCAAAAGUUAACAAGGACUAGAAAGAGUCCAUUAGACACACUACAAAACUCUGAUCUACACAAACCACCAAUCAAUAACAUGGAGGAGCGACAAUACCAACACCACCAACAACAACAACGACCAAUACACUCAGAUUAUAGUCUCCGUAUAAAUAAAAUUGCUCAACAAAUGGCACACAAAAUUUAUCCAUCGAAUCAGGCUACUACUACUACAACUAACACUACUACUAUUGCACAAUCAAGUCUAUGCUCACCACGAUCGAUAAUCCAGACUAUUGAACGCGUUCAACGAGCUGAGAAGGUGGCCAAUGCACUGGAUGCCUUAAUCAUUGAGACUAUUGACUAUAUUACGAAGAAUUUACAUAAAAAGUAA